UCCAGGAUGAGGUGCCUUGUGGUGCUUCUUGCAGUCCUUGCUCUCUCCCAGGGUGAGGAGAUCACCAGGAUCCCCCUGCACAAGGGGAAGUCUCUGAGGAAGGCCCUGAAGGAACGUGGCCUUCUGGAUGACUUCCUGAAGAAGCACCAUGAUGCGCUGAGCAAGAAUCGCUUCGAUGCUGGCAAGGUGGCUAACGAGGCCAUGACCAACUACCUGGAUCUUCAGUACUUUGGGAAGAUCCAGAUCGGGACCCCACCCCAGGAGUUCACCGUGCUGUUCGAUACGGGCUCCUCAGACCUCUGGGUGCCCUCCAUCUACUGCAAGAGUGAAGCCUGCAAAACCCACAAACGCUUUGACCCAGCCAAGUCUUCCACCUUCAAGGACAUGGACAAGCACCUGUCCAUCCAGUAUGGCACGGGCAGCAUGGAAGGUUUCCUGGGCUACGACACUGUCACCGUCUCUGGCAUCGUGGACACCCACCAGACUGUGGGUCUGAGCACCAAGGAGCCUGGCGAUGCCUUCACCUACUCGGAGUUCGAUGGGAUCAUGGGCAUGGGCUAUCCCAGCAUCACCGCUUCCCCUUACUCGGUGCCUGUGUUUGACAACCUGAUGGACAAGCACCUGGUGGCCCAGGACCUGUUUUCGGUUUAUCUGAGCAGGACUGAAGAGGGUAGCAUGCUCACGCUGGGUGGCAUCGAUUCCAAGUAUUACGAAGGUGAUCUGCACUGGGUGCCUGUGACCCAAGAGGGAUACUGGCAGUUCACCCUGGACAGGGUCACUGUGGACGGCGAGGUGGUGGCCUGCAAAGAUGGCUGCCAGGCCAUCCUGGACACUGGCACGUCCUUGCUGGUUGGGCCCGACAGUGACAUCCGACAUAUCCAGCGAGCUAUUGGGGCCACCGAUGAAGGAGAUGGCGAGUAUGUCCUCAACUGCAAGAAGCUGAGCAGCAAGCCCACAGUGGUCUUUGAGCUCAAUGGCAAAAAGUUCCCGUUGUCACCCUCUGCCUACACCACCAAGGAUGAUGAUGUCUGCUCCAGUGGCUUCGAGGGUGAGCUUGGUUCCCAGCUGUGGAUCCUGGGAGAUGUCUUCAUCCGGGAGUACUACAGUGUCUUCGACAGGGCCAACAACCGCCUGGGUCUGGCCAAGGCUGUCUGAUGGUGCUGCUGUGAAACAUGCUGUUCCCAAACACAUGCACAUGGGUACGGGCGAGUGGCCU